UUCCAGGUAUGAUACCAGCUCCGAGCCCUAGCAAAGAGCGAAAAUUACUCAAACCACACAAUCCUGGCACUUCACCUGUGAAGAUCUGUGCAGCCCCGGUGCGUUCGCCCCUGGUUACUCCGACGAAGAGCCACGGUGAUCGAUUUAUACCCAUACGUAAACCAAAUAGUGAAUGGACAACUCGGUAUAAUGCCAUAGUUUGUCCUGAUCAAGAGUCAACGACACCAUUCAAACGUCCGAACACAAAUCGUCCUCCUGCGGCUUCUACAAAUAUAUCAAACAAUAAUGGAAGUCCAGGUUCUCAGUAUAAUCCCGCACAGAAUCCAUCUAGCGACGAGUCGAGACAAGAUCAAAUGGUUGUGCGUGCUUUACUUCGCAAUGAGCUUUUACAGGAUAGAAUAGAUGAUAUACGCUCAUGCUACAAGGACGUGGAAACUGAGAAACCUCCAAGUAGCCCAGCUGGAGGACUAUUUAGUUAUAUCAAGAGAACGCCAACGAAACUAGGCGAUCCGAGCACAUCUCAUAGUUUUGCCCUGUCACCAUUCUCGGGCCCAUUGAGUGAGGAUAGUCAAAGACUGUUGAAAAGUCCUCGAAAACCGCAAAGGAAAGUGCCGAAAAAUCCAUACAAGGUUCUGGAUGCACCUGAACUCCAAGAUGAUUUUUACCUGAAUUUAGUUGACUGGUCUUCUCAAAAUAUGUUGUCUGUGGGAUUGAAUACUUGUGUUUAUCUUUGGAGUGCAUGCAACAGUCAGGUCAUCAAACUCUGUGACUUGGUGAACGACCAAGAUACUGUAACUUCUGUACAAUGGGCCGACAAAGGAGAACUUCUCGCUGUCGGUACAAACCGUGGAAUCACGCAGAUCUGGGAUGUCCAUACCCAAAAAAUGACAAUGGAAUUGUCCGGUCAUACAUCACGGGUCGGUUGUCUUGCGUGGAAUGGCGACCUUGUUUGUUCUGGUAGUCGUGAUCGACAUAUCAUUCAAAGAGAUAUAAGGCAGCCUCAUCUCACAGAAAAGAAAAUGAGUGCGCAUCGUCAAGAGGUUUGCGGACUGAAAUGGUCACCCGACAAGCAGUACCUAGCAUCAGGUGGAAAUGACAACCAGCUUUUGGUCUGGUCAAUGAGACGUACUGAUCCGAGCCAGACUUUCACUGAACAUAGCGCAGCAGUGAAGGCACUUGCCUGGUCACCUCAUCACCAUGGUCUCUUAGUAUCGGGAGGUGGAACUGCUGAUCGUCACCUACGGUUCUGGAAUACAUUGACCGGACAGCCUAUGCAAGCGAUUGAUACGGGCAGUCAGGUGUGUAACGUUGCAUGGUCCAAACAUAGCAGUGAAUUAGUCUCUACACAUGGGUACUCAUUGAAUCAGGUGAUAAUAUGGAAAUAUCCUAGCCUUCAGCCGGUCACUAAGCUUUCUGGUCAUCAAUUUCGCGUUCUGUACUUGGCUAUGUCACCUGAUGGAGAGUCGAUUGUGACAGGCGCUGGAGAUGAAACUUUACGAUUCUGGCACGUAUUUAGUAAAUCUGGACAGCAGCGAGCAGCGAGGAGCAAACUGAACCUGUUUCACAGUCUGCGAUAGGUUCAGAGUUCGCUAAAAAUCUUGGGCCAGUAUCACGCGCGUUCUUUCAUAAAUGCAAAGCCUGUUAAUCUGUGCAUACUACAUGUGAAUCACUCUUCAUUCCCCUUCGAUUGUUUCUUCACUCAAUGUGAUAUCCUUUGGUCGAGCCUGAAGGAGGGCGCUGAAGAGUAGUCCGAUUAGCCGAGAAACCCUUGUCUUUCUCUGCCAUUCGGGGGACAGUAUGGUCUGUUUUUAUGUUUGCCAGUGCUAGAAGUGAUCUAGUCUGUAAUAAGCAGACAUUCUUGUUAUCUGCCUUUGAAUCUGAUCAGUUUUCAUAUUUUAGAAUUUAGCAUUUCUAUCCGUUUAGUUUUUUUUACUUUCUGGCAUGUACAGCCUUCUUCCAUUUUUAUUCGUCAAUCUCUGUGAUAUCUUGCUAACGAUGGGAUCUCUUCUAGUACUAUUUUCCUAUCCAAGAUCGGGAUGACUGAGUGGUUUGCACCGUUAUGCUCUCUUCUUUUUUGGUCAGUAAGUGCUAUGUGCUCUUGUGCCGAUCGCGUGGUUAUCAGGCUGUUAGUGCUUGAUGAAGUAAUUGUGAAGGAUAUAAGAUUAGCUUUUUUUGGAGGAGAAAGUACAUCCAAUUAGUUGAUAAAAGUGGGUGGUGUCUAACCAGCGAUGAUUGGUGAUUGCCAUAAUGGCUCAACAGGAUGGUAAGCACAUAGGCAAAAGCUCGUUCAGUGUUUUAGUCACACUUGGUGCUCUCUAAAAUGUGCAGUGAAGCGUGGAUUACCAAAAUCGGUAGUUUCCAACUCUUCUUGGUCAUCUUUUAACCUCAAUAGUCAUGGCCAUUUUAGCGCCGUCGUUUAUCUGUGGUAUAACUUGAACAAAUAUAAUCCCUAGUCUCCUCUUACUUCAUUUUGAUAGGCUAUUGUUGACUUUUGGCCACUUUCCCUUGCUAUCUGUUGCUACUUCGAAACGCAACCGCAUUAUGCAGUCAGAUUCGCCAUCUUUUACCUUUUCCCUCUCUCCUCUGCUUAGGUGUUUUUUCAUUUUAUUAUGUUUAACUCCGCAAUCUGCCUUUGCAUUACUUGAUAGAUUGCUAGUUGUGCAUACUGUAUGAUGAAUCUACUGUAUUUUCUGCGUGAAACGCUUGAAAUGUGUUCAAAAUGUUCUAUUUUGUAUUGAUGACUUUUUCAUGUAAUAAAAGGUUCAAGACUUUUCUUAA